AUGACCAUGACUACGAUGGCUAACGGUCUGGAGGCACAGGACUCGUCCAAGUCGGCUUUCAUGGAGUUUGGUCAGCAGUCUCACUCACAACAGAGCUCUCCGUCGAUGGCUGCCAGCCACUACCCGCUGCACUGUCUCCAUUCCGGGUCGCACCCAGCUCAUCAUCAGCACGAUAACUCUCCGUACUCCGGCAACAAUUCUUACAACAGGUCGCUACCGUACUCCUACGUGAGCCACCCCCACCACAGCCCGUACCUGCCAUCCUACCACAAUAACACCACUGGCGGUCAGACAAGGUUAGACGGCACAGGUAAGAUGCUUUCCCAUUCAUGACAAGAAAUAUGCUCUCUAUCGUUUUCAUCGUGCAGCGAUAACAAUGCGAGUGCCAUUUAUUUUUUAUUAAUUUGGUCAAGAAAAAGAUAAAGCACAAUAAACGUCCAGCAGACGGUUGAAUGGCAAAUUAAUUUCAAAUUGUGUCUGAAUGACAAUUUAUCUGUUGUCUAUUUUUUUCUACAUUAUAUUUAGUUCAUGGUGUCUCUUUUUUUCUAUAGAACACUCCGCGAGAUCCCAUUCUAUGGCCAUUCUUUGCACCGGGUAUAAUGACAAGUGAGGAAUCCUCACGAAUUAUUCUUGGAAUUAGGCGGUCUACUCGCUUUGAACGUUGUAAUUAGCAUUUAAUUGGCAUGUCAUUACGAGGAAUAUCCUAAAUAUGACAGAAAAUUCGAUGAUGAUUACAAUAAUGGUGGAGUGGACUGAGCGAAUGUGACACGUGAAUAUGUAUUAGUGGUCUGGAUUUAAUAGAGUAGGCCUAUCAUUGUGUUUCUCAUAUAUUUUCCUUAUUAGAUAUGUAGCCGUUUAAAUAGAUUGGGACCUAUUAUAUUCUCUGAAAUUAAUUAUAUUUGGGGAAUUAUAAACUAGGCCUAUUUGUUGUGGAAUAUGUUUGGCCUUAGUGGACUAACAUUGCCAUUUUUUGUUGCAGAGCAGCAGAAAACAACAGUGAUUGAAAACGGAGAAAUUCGUUUCAACGGGAAAGGCAAGAAGAUUCGCAAACCUCGGACGAUUUAUUCUAGUUUGCAGCUUCAAGCUUUAAAUCACCGUUUCCAGCAAACACAAUACCUCGCCCUGCCAGAACGCGCUGAGCUGGCUGCAUCUCUCGGACUAACACAGACACAGGUAGGCCUAUUCUCAAAACAUUCAUUAUUAUACAGAAGGGUAUACAUUAUUAUAUUGCUAUUAGCGCUUUAUUAUCUUGUAUUAUUAGUAUUUAUUAGUAUUAUUAGUAGGCCUAUUAUUAUUGUUAUUAUUGUUGUUAUUAUUACCCUAUACCCUAAAAUUGCUCUGGGUAUUGUGUUUCUGUUGUUGACCAAUUUAGGAUUCCUUCAUAAUAUUUACUUUUUUACCUAUAGGCCUGCACGAAUGUAUUGUAAUAAUGUUAUGUAGGCCUCCUAACUCAUAUUUAUCAUAUCAGUUGGUCUAUAAGCCUAUUUAUAAAAAUGUUAAUAGAUGAAUAAAUACAUUCAUGAUAUAAUCAUUAUCUGUAAUCUGGUCUUCCCUUGCCUUCCUGCCAUCUUGUGCAGGUAAAGAUAUGGUUCCAGAAUAAAAGGUCAAAGUUCAAGAAGCUGCUGAAGGCAGGUGGCAACCCGCAUGAGAGCGACCCUACUAUGCCUGGUUCCAUCGGCCUGUCUCCCCGGUCUCCAGCAAUUCCUCCAAUAUGGGACGUGUCAGCGUCCAGCAAAGGAGUUAACAUGGCGGCCAACGGCUACAUGCCCGGGUAUUCCCACUGGUACUCCUCCCCACAUCAAGAGACAAUGCAGAGAUAG